AUGCAUAGAUUAACAAAUUCACCAAUAAAUAAGGCGCAACUACAGAACCAAAAGUUUCUUCCUUACGAUAAUAAUGUUAAGAUUUCAAGGUCUUGUGACUACUGUAAAUUAAAGAAAGUUAAAUGCGAUCAAACUAAACCAAAUUGCAAUUACUGCAUCAAGCAUAAUGAAUCAUGUGUUUAUAGUAAAACACGGAAGCCUGGUAUAAAACCUGGUUAUGGGCAACAUGUUUUAGAUAAGUUAGAAAAUAUAGAGACCACUCUACGUACAGAAUCAUCAACAACAAGAAAUGAGAUGAAUUUAUUCAAACAAAAGAUACUGGAGCUCGAGCAAAAGAUCGUCACAUUAGAGUCCAAGAAAGAUUUUACCGAUACAUUUGGUACACAGAGAAUUGGGUCAAAUAAAGAGAGAUUAUCUAAUGGAAAUGAUUCAACAGAUAAUGAAUCCGUUCGAAUUACAAAUGCACCUGGCAAAGAAGGAAUAGCCGAUGUCAAAAACGCCAAUACCUUCGUUGAUCCAAGAUCCUUUCCAACGGUAGAACAAACUGAAAAGCUAAUUGAAAUAUUCUUUGACAAAGUACAUCCUAUAUUUCCAAUUUUAUAUCCCGUGUCAACAAUUCCAAAACUAUUGGCGUCUAUGACUGGGUCACCAGAGCCCCAAUUAUAUGGUGUGAUAUUAUGUGCAUUGAGGUUCGCUAAUGAAAUGCUUCAGGAAGAGGAAAUCAUGAAAUACUAUAGUUACUGUAAAUCCAAAAUUAUAUCAAAUUUCAUUGGUCUUGGUAGCAUUGAGGAGUUACAAGCAAUGUCUUUGCUUGCCUUUGAUUUGUUUGGAAAAUCUAAUAAUCCUGAAACAUGGAGUGUAAUAUCUAUGAUAUCUUCAGGAGCAAUUCAUCUUAACUUAACUAAAGAUAACGACUAUCAAUAUAAUAGUUACGGCAUAUCAAAACCUUGUAGAAGUCAAGGAAAUAAGUGUUUUUCUAUAAGGAAUAUAUCUACGACACAUGAUCCUACAGCUUGGCUGGACAAGGAAUCAAGAAGAAAUUUAUUUUGGGAAAUUUACAUUUUAGAUAAAUUGUCAAGUCUUUCUAACUCGUUCCCAUUUAAAAUUCCGGAAAAUGAAAUCAAUUGUUUAUUACCAGCAAGGCUUGAUUUGUGGAUCUCAGGGAAUAGGGAAGGAAGUGCGGGCCUAAUUAAUCUUGUUCAAGACAGAAAGCUUGCCAUAGUAAACGAUCAUAUUAUAGCUAGUGAUAUUUAUGAUUCAAAUUGCUUUCUAAUUGAAGUAAUGCAUAUUUUAGGAGAAGUUCAUUCCUUUAUGAGACAGUCUUUAGACGUUCAUAACGAAGAAGAUGUUUCUGCUUGGCAAGUCAAAUUCAACCAAUUGGAACAAAAAGUCAGUACUUGGAGAAAAACAAUUCCAAAAAGUUUUAUAGACUUGUUGGAUAAUAAUAAUUGCUUAUUCAAGAACACUUUCACUGUCAAAGAUGUCUUGUUUCACGCCUUAUAUCAUACCAUGAUAAUUAGACUAAACUCAACACCAGGUUUUCCGUAUUUUAGUUCUGAAUACUUUCCUCCUUCUGAACUCGCAAGGUCUAAAUGUUUGGGUUCUGCUAGUCAUAUAGUUAAAUUGUCACGACAGUUUCCCCUAAUGUUUAAUAAUACGGGUGGUGACAUUUAUGAAAUGUGUGGCCCACAAUAUGCUUUUGCAGUUUGGGUAAGUGCAAGAUUAAUUUUUGUGAAUGCCGUUAAUACACAUGUUGAUAUACCCCCAGAGCUCGAUUAUUUAGUAGGUUUAUUAACGAAGAUGGGUAGCAGAUGGGAAGGAUCGUUAAGGUAUGCAAAUAUCUUGAAAUUCUUGAAGGAUGAAGCACUAUUGGCCAAAAAGAAUGGUUCAAGUUUUUAUGGCCGAACGAAGAACUUACAAGCGAAUGUGGAUACUUAUAAUGAUACUGAUAAUGAUGAUUUGAAUGAGGACGUUAAAGAUCACUCGAAAAACGUAAGGAUUAUAUCAGAUAUGAGAUUAAACGCCUAUUCGUUGGAUGUCCUACUAUAUAAUAAAAUCGAAAAAUUCAAACAAAAUGAAAAUGAAGCUGCGUCAGAGAGUAACGAAAAUGAUUUUAUGGAUAUGUUCGAAUGGUUUAAGUUUCCAGAAACAAAUUUUGGAAAUAAUACUAAUACUUUGAUAACUUCCAAUAUGACCCCUUAA